GGACUCCAUUAGAGCUGCAGCUGUUUGGAGAGAAACAACAACAAAAACGGGCUAAGUGAUACAACCUCCACACUGACAGUCCGCUCUGAGCCCCACAACGAGGCCUCAAAUCUGGAAGCUACGUCUUCAUUUCCCACCCGGAGCUCCGCCGGCUUCUAACCACGGCCGCUCUCGGUGAGGAAACUCUGGCCUCCGCUUCCUCCUCCUCCGACUCGGACACCGGCGGAGCGUCGCCGCCCCCGCGGAAGAAGCACCGAGCCUCGGCGGCGGAGGGAGCAGGAGAGCCCGGGGCUUCAGCAGUUGUAACAGGCCUCUCUGGAGUUGUUUUAGGACUUGCUACACACUCUCAAGCCACCUCUGCCAUCCACUUUAACCGCAGUGUUGUCAACAACCUCAGCAGCAGUAUGCAGGCAAACGGAGCAGGACAGGGACAAGAAUCCUCCGAGCUUUCCUGCCUAAACAGCGCACAAAACGGAGAGUCGUCCUCGGCCGGCGGAACCCACUCCAACGGGCUCCUUUCCAGCACAGACAACGGGAAUAGUGUCGGUACCAGUAACGGGUCUUCAGCUGGGCCCGGUACGGGGACUUCGGCUACCUCCACAGCUUCAAGCUCGGAGGUCGGCUCUCUGAAAAAGAAAAAACGACUUUCGCAGGCGGAGGAAGAUGUCAUACGAUUAAUAGGGCAACAUCUCCACGGACUAGGGCUGAAUCAGACAGUGGACCUGCUGAUGCAGGAAUCAGGCUGCAGACUGGAGCACCCCUCUGCUACCAAGUUCCGCAACCAUGUCAUGGAGGGGGAGUGGGACAAGGCUGAGAAUGAUCUCAAUGAGCUGAGAGCACUGAUGCAUUCGCCCAACGCUAUUGUGCGUAUGAAGUUCUUGCUGCUGCAGCAGAAGUACCUCGAAUAUCUGGAGGAUGGCAAAGUCCUGGAGGCUCUGCAGGUGUUACGAGGAGAGCUGACGCCACUCAAGUACAACACAGAUCGCAUCCACGUACUCAGCGGGUACUUAAUGUGUAGCCACGCUGAGGACCUGAGGGCCAAGGCAGAGUGGGAGGGCAAGGGCACUGCCUCACGCUGCCGACUGCUGGACAAAUUACAGACAUACCUGCCCCCCUCUGUGAUGCUGCCCCCACGGCGGCUGCAGACCCUGCUGCGGCAAGCAGUGGAGCUACAGAGGGACCGCUGCCUGUAUCAUAACACCAAGCUAGACAAUAACCUGGACUCAGUCUCUCUGCUCCUCGACCACGUCUGCAGCAGGAAGCAGUUCCCCUGUUAUACCCAGCAGAUUCUGACGGAGCACUGUAAUGAGGUGUGGUUCUGCAAAUUCUCAAAUGAUGGCACCAAACUAGCCACUGGCUCCAAAGACACUACUGUCAUUAUUUGGCAAGUGGACCCGGAGAGUCAUCAGCUAAAGCUGCUGCGAACUCUGGAGGGCCAUGCAUACGGAGUCUCCUACUUAGCCUGGAGUCCAGAUGACACCAACCUGAUCGCCUGUGGACCUGAUGACUGCUCCGAGCUCUGGCUCUGGAACGUUCAGACGGGGGAGCUGCGGACCAAAAUGUCCCAGUCCCAUGAAGACAGUCUGACCAGUGUAGCCUGGAACCCUGACGGCAAACGCUUUGUCACUGGAGGACAGAGGGGACAGUUCUAUCAAUGUGACCUUGAUGGUAACUUGUUGGACUCCUGGGAGGGCGUGAGAGUGCAGUGCCUGUGGUGCCUGAGUGAUGGCAGGACAGUGCUGGCCUCGGACACCCACCAACGUAUCCGGGGAUACAACUUUGAGGACCUUACGGACAGAAACAUAGUUCAGGAGGACCACCCUAUCAUGUCUUUUACUGUUUCAAAGAACGGAAGAUUAGCUUUGUUAAAUGUAGCAACUCAGGGAGUGCACCUGUGGGACCUACAGGACCGGGUGCUGGUCAGGAAGUACCAAGGUGUGACCCAGGGCUUCUACACCAUCCACUCCUGCUUUGGAGGACAUAACGAAGACUUUAUUGCCAGUGGCAGCGAAGACCACAAAGUGUAUAUCUGGCACCGGCGUGGUGAACUGCCCAUUGCGGAGCUAACAGGCCACACACGCACCGUUAACUGUGUGAGCUGGAACCCGGCCAUCCCAGGACUCAUGGCUUCCGCCUCAGAUGAUGGCACAGUGCGUGUCUGGGGUCCUGCACCCUUCCUUGACACGCAAGAGGCGGACGGACUGAAUGAGAACUGCAGUAACAUGGACAGUUGAUAGUCACUGAUGGAGCAGAUGACAUCUCUCUUUAACAACAAUCCAAGAAUUCUACGAUAAAAAUAUAAUUUUAAUGGGCGCGAAUAAAAUCUAACACCAACCCAAAGCAAGUCAAGAAAAACAAACAAAAGCCACCAAGACAAAAGAGCAAACAAAAGUGAGAAAAAAAAUCGUCUCCUGGCUGGCCUAGACAAAAUGGUGGAGGUGAUGACGGACACUCUGAAAUUUCAGGUCCUCAUCCAAAACCUGAUCCCGACCCAGAGGCCUGGAAAACCAGUCAAACGCCCAACGGGAUACAACCGUCAUCCACUGGUGAGAUAUAACGGCUGUUCUCCUCCUCCAACUGACCCUUCUUCCUCCAUCUCGCUGCAUGGCCACAGCCAUGCCAGGUCCUCCCAGAGUUUCCAAGGAAACCCACCCUCCACCUUGGGCCCGGAGCACAUCAAGUCCCUGUGAUGCCUCCAGACGGACACCGCAGACCAGCUGUCUACUCAUUGGACUACAUCUGCCUGUUUGUCUCUCACGUUCCUGUAUAAUGUCUCCAUGGACAAGGGUGGGGUGUUGUUGGGGGAGGAUGGUGCAUAGGGGGAUAUAGCAACUCUUCUGUAUGUAUGUUUUCCUCUUCCCCUCUAUCUUGCUAUAUUCUUCGCAUUCGAUCUGUUGGACAGACGCUGAAAAUCCACCAUAAAAACACUUGACUGACAGACCAGCUGACAAAGAAUACAAAAAAGGCUAUGCUAAAUGUUGGAUUUUUUUAUGAUAGUCAUAGCAUUAUUCUAAUUUAAGAGGUGAAUCUUAGCUCAAGUAGUGCCCGUGGAAAGCUUUAGCGUGAAGAUUCCACUUUGUUUCUCGAUAUUAGGAAAACAAACUUUUUAUUCCUUAAUUUAACUUCUAACAAGGACAGUCGCUGUAAUGUUUCCAACUGACAGCCCCCCCUCAUCCCUCUGUCGAGCUAGCUACCGCACAACUCCAUUACAUCUGCCUAAAAGGAGAAGGACAGACAGGUCACAUAUCAAUGGUGGGUGGGGGGGGGGGGUCAGACGUUGAGGGUGAGGUGGGGUUUCCACUGUCAGGACAUAUACUAUGACCUUUCUCAAAAGACAUGCUUUCAGAUGUGAAAGAGUUCAAGUGCAACUUACAUUGCACAUUAGUGACUGCUGUCUCUCCUCUGUGUGUGUGUGUGUGUGUGUGUGUGAGUGUGAUAGAGAGAGUGUGUGAUUGAGAGCGAUUAUGCAUGCACACAUUUGUGUGAGAGUUGACAUUUGUGGGUGCAGGUUUAAUUGGCGCGUGUUUUGUAUGUGUGUUCAAUUCACACCAGCAGAAGAUUCUCGCUCCCUCCUCCCCCAACCCUCCUCCCUGUGCUCCUAAUCCCAUAGUAAAAUUGUAAAGAGGAUUUUAAACCAAUUCUAAGUUAUCCAAAGCCCCAUAGGGACCUCUAUCUGUGGAACAAAGAAUACAUGAGAGCCAUUUCGUAAAGAGAAACUUUUUUUUAAUCUGGGGCUUUAAUUUUUACAAUAGAAUUUCUUCUCCUUACCACGUGGCAUUCAAACGGCACUGAGUUAUUGGCAUUGAAUCAUCUUUGUGGGGGAAAGAAAAUUUAAAAGAGCAAUUUGAACGAGGCAUGCUUCAAAAAGCUGUAAAGUGUUGUGUUAUUAGCAAAGGGUAAUUUCAUAUUUGAAGUUAAUGAUUGUAAUUAUUGGACGAGUAGUUAGCGCAGCCCAAGAGAGAAGAGGCACCAGUAACCAGAACUACGCUCUGAGCCCACAGUGUUAAAGCGAGUGUUGUUGCAAUCCUUAAAACAUGCACGCACACACACAAACUGCCUUCCCGUUCAUACACUUGCGCACACACCUUCAGUAUGUAUGACACCUCCGCUGCACUUUGAGUGGUCUUUUCGCUGUCACGCACCUACUGCAAUGGUCUUAGGUUCUCAUAUGGUUGCCACACUCGCCAUUCUGAUUAAAAUGUUGCAUUGGCCAAGACUUAAAACCUAACAGGAGAUUGCUAAGGGAAUCAAGCCCUCACUAUGCCUCUAUGCACCCAAAAAAACAGUGACUGAGUAACUUUUAGACAUUGUAAAGCUCAAACUCGCGCAUAAAAGGCGUAGCGGCCUCAUCUCGAGGGUACCACUGUUGGAGCUUAGAGAUAAUUCAGCAUUAACCCCCUUGCUCUCCAGCCAAGUUAUUCAGUGCACCAUUCAAAGCUUUCUUCUUCCCUUUUUCAGGGUAUGUAAUGACUAUUUGCUACAGACUGAUAUACAGUAAAAAAAAAAAAAAAAAAAAAAAAAUGUUUAAAAACAGUGCUUUUCUGUCUGUUUUUAUUGAACUUUUUGUUACUUAAAUUUUUUGUUCACAUUAUAUCAUUUUUGGUUGACCUCUAUCCCUGUAUGAUCAUAUUAAAAUAUAACCAGACA